UCUGGAUCCGAGUCUGGUCUCCGUUCUCAUGCGUCGUUCACAUUGAAACAGGGGCUGCAGCUCGACAGCAUCAGAGCGAUGCCCACCACUAUUGGUAUCAGCCUAGGCGAGUAUAGCUGCUCCUCCGAGCGUGGCUCCAGUAAGCCUACCAAUGCCGAUCUGACGCUAGCAACUGAAGCAAUGACACCUGUGCCCACCAACGUCGUAGCUGACUUUGGCCGAAAUGGUGAUGCAGUGAAUAGCCUUGGUAAGAAGACGCAUCAAUUCUGGCUGCAUUCGAGCCACGAAGAUCAGACGUCUCUGGAACUCCUUGCGACCGAGCAGGCGAGGGCGCAAGGCGGCAGUAUGCCAGCUUCUGACUUCCAGACUCAUAAUUCCGGACUGCUCAAUGCAGAUGCCGAACUUUGGACAAGCUAUUUGCAGCUUCUCAAGAAGGCUGGAGUCGAUCUGACUAAAAGCUGCUUAGCCAGUACGCCAUACUCAGGAGCCUGUGGUAUGACAGAGUAA